AUGUUAGCAAGACGAAGUUGCAUCCAUAUUUACAGUUUGAUGUCUUGUAAUGUUGUUAAAUUUAGUUACUCAACUUCAUUGUCGUCAAUUUCCGUAAGACCCACUUACAGAUCAAGCAAAUCGAUCAUCUAUUGCAACUCCAAGAUCAGUGAAAAUGGUCGAAUUGGUAAUGUUAAGGAAUCAGAACUCAUAUUUAAUAGCAUGCCGAUCAAGAAUGUCGUAUCCUGGACUGCUAUGCUCACUGCAUAUGCACAAAAUGGACAGAUUAAGGAAGCGCGUAAGGUAUUUGAUGAAAUGCCUGAACGAAAUGUUGCUUCUUGGAAUGCGAUGAUCACGGGUUAUAUGCGUAACAAGAAUGGGAUUGAUACGGCAUGUCAAUUGUUUUUAAUGUCACCCGAGAAAAAUGCGGUUUCUUAUGCUUCAAUGAUCACGGGUUAUGUCCGUGCAGGAAGGAUGAAUGAUGCAGAGAAGUUGUACUGUAGUAUGCCAAUGGAAUGGCGGGAUCCUUUCUGUUCGAAUGCCUUGAUGAAUGGGUAUUUGAAGAAGGGUAAACUGGAAGAGGCUGUUCGGGUUUACGAGGGAAUGGUGGAGAAGAAUGUGGUUUCUUGGACCUCAAUGGUUGAUGGGUACUGCAAAUUAGGGUUCAUUGGGAAAGCACGAGAGUUGUUCGAUGGAAUUCCUGAUAAAAAUGUAGUUACUUGGACUGCAAUGCUUGAUGGUUAUAUGAAGACGAUGUUUUUCGAAGAUGGGUUUGUGUUAUUUCUGCAAAUGAGACGUGAAAACGGGAUAAAACUUGUUUCAAACACAUUGACUGUAAUCUUUGAUGGUUGUGGAAGAUCGAAUAGAUGUCGAGAAGGGAUUCAAGUCCAUGCUUUGGCUAUGAUUAUGGGAUUCGACUUCGAUACUUUCUUGGGAAAUUCUGUGAUCACCAUGUAUUGUAGAUUGGCUGAUUUAGAUGCAGCUCGGAACUUGUUUAACGUAAUGGAGACAAAAGAUGUGGUUACGUGGAACUCUCUGAUCGGGGGUUACAUUCAAACCGAAGAUGUCGAAGAGGCUUAUAAACUUUUCAGAACGAUGCCGCAAAAGGAUGUGUAUUCUUGGACAACGAUGAUUACUGGAUUCAGUAGCAAAGGGUUAACCGAAAAGUCUGUGGAGUUGUUCAACAUGAUGCCACAGAAAGAUGAUGUUUCAUGGACUGCUUUAAUCUCGGGGUUUGUUAGUAACGGAGAAUUCGAAGAAUCUAUCCGUUGGUUUAUUCAGAUGCUUCAGACAUCGGUCAAGCCAAAUCCACUUACGUUCAGCAGCGUUCUUAGUUCUUCAGCUUCUUUAGCGACAUUGAAUCAAGGCCUACAAAUUCAUACCCACGUACUCAAAACGGGUAUGGAAUUCGACUUAUCCGUUCAGAACUCACUGGUUUCAUUGUAUGCAAAAUGUGGAUCCGUGGAUGAUGCCUACAACAUAUUCCAUUCCAUUAAGACUCCCAAUUCCGUUUCUUAUAACUCCAUGAUCAACGGAUUCGCACAAAACGGAUACGGGAAGGAAGCGCUUGCGUUAUUUACAGAAAUGGAGGAAAAUGGUGUGGAGCCAAACGACAUCACGUUUCUUAGCGUUCUUUCUGCCUGCACCCAUGUCGGGUUGGUGGAGGAAGGUCGUAGCUACUUUAGAUCGAUGAGAUCGUUAUACAAGAUCGAACCAAAUCCAGACCACUACGCGUGCAUGGUUGAUCUCCUGGGUCGUGCUGGUUUUCUUGACGAAGCUUUUGAUUUGAUCAAUUCAAUGCCAUUUGAACCGCAUUCUGGAGUUUGGGGUGCACUUCUUGGUGCAAGCAGGAGUCAUUUUCGUUUGGAACUUGCGGAAAUUGCCGCUCGACGUAUCUCGGAAUUGGAGCCCGAUAACGCUACGCCUUAUGUGGUGUUGUCGGACUUAUACUUGGUUUUGGGGGGGAAAGAAGACGAGGAAGUAGUGAGAACGGCGAAGAGAGUGAACAGAAUCAAGAAAAGUCCCGGGUGUAGUUGGAUCGCGGUGAAGGACGAGGUUCGGUUGUUUUUAUCGGGGGAUCGGUCUCAUAUGAACUCGAACGAGAUUAAAACCACACUUGGGAGACUUGUGGAUGAAAUGAAAGAAGUGUAUUAA